AUGGAGAUCAACCCCGCAGUCACUUUUAAGCACGACCGCUCGGUUAUGUACGCCAAACGACCCAAGGUCCUUAUCGUCGGUGCAGGUCUGGCUGGACUUACCCUCGGCAUGCUCUUGCACAAGGCCGGGAUCCCUUUCGAGAUCUACGAGCGUGCCGCAAAAGUCAAACCCCUCGGUUCGGUGAUGUACUUCAGCUGCACUACCGCCAACAUCUUUAAGCAGUGCGGUAUUUAUGAAGAGUUUGUAUCCCUUGGCAAAUACGUCUCUACUAUCAAGAUGUGUAACGAGAACCGAGAGCUCGAAUUUUCAAUUGAUUUCGAAGGAAACGAAGGACUGUAUGGUGCCAAAGGUUACAUGAUUUCUCGGCCUCAGCUGUACGACCUACUCCUGCGCCAAGUUCCCAAAGAACACAUUCACCUGGGAAAGAAGGUCCUCACCAUGGAUCAGGGCAAUAACAAAGUUCUUAUUCGCUUCAGCGACGGUAGCGAAGCUGAAGGUGACAUCCUCGUCGGAGCCGACGGAGCCUACAGUGCCGUUCGCAAAGGGAUGUAUGAAAAGCUGAAGAAGGCGAACAAGCUCCCAGCAUCUGAUUCCCUCCCACUUCCCUUCAGCACAGUCUGCCUUCUCGGUCAAACUCGCCCUCUUUCUGCUGAAGAGUUCCCUGAUCUAACAAUCGACACGUCUCAGUUCUGCAACUUUAUCGCAACUGACAAGAUGUACACGUGGUCCACAUCAACAACCGCCCAGAAUACCGUGUGUUGGGCUGCCAUUCUUUUCCUUGACGAAGAAACCAGCAAGGACAAUGACUCUUUCCGUAACUCGGAAUGGGGCCAAGAGGCUGCCACAACGAUGUGUGAGCAAGUCAAGAAUUUUCCUAUUAUCAGCGGAGGCGACAAGAUCCUCACUCUUCAAGACUUGAUCGAUCGCUCUCCUAAAGAGUUAAUCUCCAAGGUCAUGCUAGAGGAGAAGGUCUUCAAGACCUGGUUCGAUUGUCGCACAGUUCUUAUUGGUGACGCAUGCCAUAAGUUCAACCCUGCUGGAGGAGUGGGUGCUGCCAACGCCAUUCAUGAUGCCAUAGCGUUGGCGAACGGCAUCAAUGGACUUCCCUUCCACCCUGUUGCUGAUGAGAUUGAAGCUGCAUUCAGGGCCUACAAGAAGGAGCGCAUCGACUGGGUUGAGAAGGCAUUUGGCAACAGCAAGAUCUACAGGAACAUGGCGGGUCAGUCUGUCCCGUCCAAGGUCACUCGGUAUCUCGUGAAGCGUGCGCCUCCAUGGUUCAUGCUGAAGCUUAGCCGUCGCCUGAAUACUCAUCGCCCUCAGGCUGCCUUUCUGCCUGCAGCUGAGGACAAGGGUACUGUCAAGGCUGCUCCUCAGCCUAGCUUGUCUAUCAAGGCUCCUGAGGAGACCGAAGAAUCGAAAACAACCCAAAUUGUGUAG